AUGAAUACAUCAGGAUACUGGGAUCAAUCGAGUAAUAAUAACACUUCUUUUUCUCAACAUGAAGUACGAUCCCAACGAGAAUUAUCACAAGAAGAAAUCCGUGAAUCAUUAUUAUUAUCAUCAUCCAUAACAGAUCUGAGUUUCCACCAUCACCAUCACCAUAAUCAUCCUCAUAAUCAUAAUCAUUUAAUACAUGCAAUUGAUGAAGAGAGUAGUAAUUAUAGUGGAAGUCAAAACCAUGUUGGAAAUAAUUUAUUUGGUGUAGGGGAUGAUGAAGAAGAUGAAGAAGAAGAUGACGAUGAUGCAUAUAUUGAAGGUGAUGUUCGAAUGAGACAUUCAGGAAUCAGUCUUGAUGAAGUUGUUUAUGAAGAAAAUGAAAAUGAUGCUGAUAAUAUAAUUGAAGAUCAAAGUAAUCAAUCAGCAAAUCCAAGUUAUAAUAGCAAUAACAACAACAAUAAUAAUGCUGAGCAGACUCAACCAAGUUUAGAACAAAUUCAACGAGUUUAUUAUUCUAAAGGAUUACAAGAAUUGGAAGAAUUACAAUUAUUUGAUUUAUCACCAUUAGCUACUUGGAAAUUGAGUUCUUGGAAACAAGGAUUUGGAUUAAAACAAUUACGUGAUGAUUCUCCUGAUUCAUAUUGGCAAAGUGAUGGGAGUAAUACUGGGAAUAGUGGUAAUGAUGAUAAUAAUUCCAAUCAACUGCAAAAUCCCAAUAAUAGUAUGUUAUUGAAUCAAUUAUCAAAUCCUCAUUCUAUUACUAUUCAAUUUUCUAAAAAAGUGGCUCUUGAAAGAAUUUCAAUUUUCACAAAUUAUUCCCUAGAUGAAAGUUAUACCCCAUCAAGAAUAAAAAUCAUGGCUGGUAGUUCUGAAGGCUGGGAUUUGAUUGAAGUAUGUACUGUCAAUUUUGAUCAGCCGGUGGGAUGGUCACAUAUUAUAUUCAAUGGUAUUAGAGCUGAUGGAGUGUUGAAAUGUUUUUUAAUAAAGAUUAUUAUAUUAGCAAAUCAUCAAGAAGGUAAAGAUUCACAUAUUAGGGCUAUAAGAUGUUUUGGUAAAAAAUCAUCAACUUCAAAUCAAAUAAGAUAUGCAAAUGUUGCCAAUGAUAAUGACUAUAAUAUCCAUGAUAGUAAUGAUUCUUUGCAUCAUUCGGAGAUGCUCAGAGAUUUGAGUUUGGCUACAACAGGUACUAGUGCUGCCGGAAUGAGCAAUUUAUCAGGGUUUCUGCUUAAUAAUCGAAUUAUUCUGGGCUUGUCAAAUAAAGAGGAAGAAGAACUACAACACGAAGACCAGGGCUUAAUCGAUCGUAAUCUAGAAGAAGGCAACACUAGCAAUGAUAUUAAUUCCGAAGAAUCUUCAAAAAUAAUUAAAAAUGUGACUAAUGUCAUUGGUUUCAAUACAGGUUUUCAAAGUUUAGAACUUAAAAGUAUAUCUUCUAUUAGAUAA